UACUAAUUAGAGAUCCAACAGACCCCAGACACACUCAACUGAUAUACCAGCCAGAAGAGAUAAAGCAAGCAGUAGCACAACACUUUAAUACACAAUACAACAAAGAAACAAUCUUAGCAAUAAGUAUAACAAGAGAAUGGGAGUCAGAAUACAAUCCCAAGACAUGGAUACAAGAAGAGUAG